CCUGGAUUCAAGCGACCUUUUUUAAAAGUCUUUGGCGGGAGUCUCUUGUUUGCUUCUUGGUCUGCUUUGCACUUUUUUUUCUUUUUUGCUUGCGGGGAGACUCCUGUAAUUUCGUUUUUAAAAACAAAUUUUAAAAUCGCAUUUAGGAAAUAAUUUUUUCCAAACACCAGUCAGCUUGACCCCGAUAUUGGUGUCUUUGGCUGCAAGAGGGGUGGAUGUCGUAGAAGCUUAAAAGCCAGUUUGCUUUUCGCCCGUUUGUGUGCUUUGUACUUUCACACCUGGAGCUCACUCCUGUCUUGUUGUUGUGGAGACAGCAGUUGCUCCCCUUUCUCUGUCCGAGGCCUGUCAGCUGAUUCGUGGCAAGAGACAUCUGGAUCCCACGCUGAUCUCCGAGGGGAUGUCUGCGGCUGACAGCAUUGAGGAGAUGCUUCACUCGGAAGUGACCUGCUACCUGUGCGUCCACUACUUCAUCAACCCUGUCACUUUAGACUGUGGGCACAGUUUCUGCCAUUCUUGCAUCCUGCGCUCGUGGGGACCAUUCUCCCUGGCCAGAACCUGCCCUCGGUGCCAAAAGGCCAUUCUUCAGACAAACUUACGGCCGAACGACCAACUAGCCAACGUGGCAAGGCUGAUCAGGCAGCUGAAAGAUGUGGCAAAGCAAGUGGCCACAGGGGUGAGAAUCUGCGAGGAGCAUGAGGAUGAUGCCACUGCUUUUUGCAUGGACGAUCUGGUCACUUUCUGCCUAAAAUGCGCCGAAGCCAGGGAUCACCAGCAACAUGACGUUGUCUCUGUGGAGGAAGCAGCCCGAACAUACACGGAUUCCUUUAUAAGUCGUGUCCGGCAUCUAAGGAAGCAGGAAGAGGAGAUUGUGAAACAGGAAAAAGAGGUGGAAAAGCAAUGGGAAGACCUUAUUCAACAAAUAGGAGCCGAGAAGGGAAAGAUGGUGGAGGAGUUCAGCAAAGUGCACCAGCUUGUGGAAGAACAAAGCAGCCUGUGGGCUAGCAGGGUUGAGGAGGCGUUGGAAGAGAUCAAGUUGAAGAGGAGUGAGCACAUGGCUGAACUCUCCAAGGAACACACCAUCAUCAAGGAGACCAUCUGGGAGCUAAAUUGGAAGUGUGAGCAGCUGCCAUUUGACGUCCUCCAGGAUAUUGGAAGCACCUUGGAAAGGUGUAUGAAGGAAAUGUCUGUGAAUCGGGUUGCUUUUCCACCAGGGCUGAGAGGGGACGUCUGGGAACUGCAGAACUUUAAUGCCUUCCUGCCAGGGGUGGUGAAGCAAUUUGAAGAAGCUUUGGUGUCUGGAUACCAGCAGAUGAAAGGAUUUCUGUUCUGGAACACAUUGAUCUGCACUGGAGCCUAUGGGAGAAAAAAUGCAGAUUUUGGCCCUGACACGGAUCACCCUAAACGUAUGAAAAUGAGAAAUGCCCCUCAGGAUUCCCCUGAAGACUCUGAAGAGAAUUUGACUGAAUCCGUGCCUUGUGCCUGGCACAUGGAGGAAUUCACAGCAGGCGGACAUUAGUGGGGAAUUGUGGGAAAUGAAGAUCAGGUGGGGGAUGGACUGAUUUUGCAGUAAUCCUGUGAGGAGAAAAGGAGUUGUAGUAGUCGUUCUCCUGGGCAAGACAAAUGCACAGCUUUCACAGAUGCACACACACUUUUAUCCCUUGGGUGGUGACCGAGGGGUGUUCAUGAAAACUUGAUUAUUUAAUGCAUUAUGCAGCUGAAUGGCCUUUUAAAAAUAAGUCAGACUCUCAUUCUCUGGAGAGUGUUUUAGCUCUUCUUUAUGGGUACAAGGAGAGGCCUCUCUCACUGACAAAGGCAGUCAGAACUACCUCAUAGGCCCUACUUGGCCAUCCAUUUCCAGACUCUACGACAUUGCCUGCCAGAUGUCAAAAUUUCCCCUCUCCAACUCUCUCUCCUUGCUUAUCGUGGCAUUGUUGCUAUAUAGUGAGGCGGGUAUAUCUCCUCAGGUUGAACCUCUGCCAUGAUUAAAUAGCAAGUGUGUAGCCAUGUGAGAUCUUUAGCUGGAUGAGGAGCCUCCAGUAAGAUUUCAAGUCGGAGAAGCAGAUCCUGAUCUGGGCGGGGUGGUGGUGGUUGCUGGUGUUGUGGGAUGGAGGGUUGGAUCCAGAUGAUAGUCCUGUGGACGCCCAAUUUUAUCUGAGUCAUGUCCAAAAGAUUCAUGGUUUGAAGUAAGCUUGGACAUUCAUUUUUAAAGAACACUUCUGUUCAUUUACCUUUUGUUGCAAUGCAUAUGUACAUGGUUUCUGAUGUAUUUAUUAAAGGCGUUUUUCUUAAUA